GGGCGCUGGGGUGGGCGCGGCGUCCGGGUGGCGCUCGCCACUCGGGCGGUGGCGCGGGCGCCCAGGGCAGACACUAAGGUAAUCCGGAGGCGCGGCCCUGGAAUUAGACGGACAGCGGGGUUGAGGCUGAGGCUGGGGCAGUGUGCACGCGGGGCCGCCGUGCCCUGGACUCGUGUAGCGGCUGCGGGGCGCGCUGCCCUUCGCCAUGUACACCUUCGUGGUGCGCGACGAGAAUAGCAGCGUCUACGCCGAGGUCUCCCGGCUGCUGCUGGCCACCGGCUACUGGAAGAGGCUACGGCGAGACAACCCCAGGUUCAACCUGAUGCUGGGGGAGAGGAACCGACUGCCCUUCGGGAGACUAGGUCACGAGCCUGGGCUGGCACAGCUGGUGAAUUACUACCGGGGGGCGGACAAACUGUGCCGCAAAGCUUCCUUAGUAAAGCUAGUCAAGACCAGUCCGGAACUGUCUGAGUCCUGCUCGUGGUUCCCCGAGUCAUAUGUGAUUUAUCCAACUAACCUCAAGACGCCAGUCGCUCCAGCGCAGAAUGGCAUCCAACUUCCGGUCAGUAACUCCAGGACAGAUGAGAGAGAAUUCUUCUUGGCUUCUUAUAACAGAAAGAAAGAGGACGGGGAGGGCAACGUUUGGAUUGCAAAGUCAUCAGCUGGUGCCAAAGGUGAGGGCAUCCUCAUCUCCUCUGAGGCGUCGGAGCUCCUGGAUUUCAUCGACGGCCAGGGCCAAGUGCACGUGAUCCAGAAAUACCUCGAGCGCCCUCUGCUCCUCGAGCCCGGCCACCGCAAGUUUGACAUUCGAAGCUGGGUCCUGGUUGACCAUCAGUAUAACAUCUACCUCUAUAGAGAGGGUGUGCUUCGAACUGCUUCAGAACCAUAUCAUGUUGAUAAUUUCCAAGAUAAGACCUGCCAUCUGACCAAUCACUGCAUUCAGAAAGAGUACUCAAAGAACUAUGGGAAAUACGAAGAAGGGAAUGAAAUGUUCUUCGAAGAGUUCAAUCAGUACCUAACAAGCGCUCUGAACAUUACAUUAGAAAGUAGCAUUUUGCUGCAAAUCAAACACAUAAUAAGGAGCUGCCUCAUGAGUGUGGAGCCCGCCAUCAGCACCAAACACCUCCCUUACCAGAGCUUCCAGCUCCUUGGCUUUGACUUCAUGGUGGACGAGGAGCUGAAGGUCUGGCUCAUUGAAGUCAACGGUGCCCCAGCAUGUGCCCAGAAACUCUAUGCAGAACUGUGCCAGGGCAUCGUGGACAUAGCCAUAUCCAGUGUCUUCCCACCCCCGGACACGGAGCAGGUGCCGCAGCAGCCGGCUGCGUUCAUCAAGCUGUGAAGCACCAGAAGGCACAGAGCCACCUUGGGAAGUGUACGGGGUCCUGCUCCAGAGGAAAGAGAGAGGACUGGACUGCUCCUUGUCAAGGCAUGUUGGGGGACAGAUGUGUAGGAAGAGUGUGAAGAGAUGGCGGCUGUGGAAGAGCAGCUGAGCUGCCCACAGUACUGUGGAGACCUUGAGAAGCUGACGCAAGCAACUGAGAGGGAGAGCCCAGCACUUCUCUGAAGGGCUGGGACCAGGGAUUUGUUAUGGCGUGAUCUGAUCCUUUGAGCGGUUUCUGGCCUUGGAUGGUACUGGGAACAGAGCUCCUUCUCCCCGGGAUGCAGCCCAGGGGCCUCUGAGGGGGUGUCUGCUCGCCUGCUGCAGCUUUAGUGCCUUAGUCUGUGCCUGGUGCAGCCUCACUGGACACAGACUGGACCUUAGAGCAUUUUAGAGGUUGCCACAUGCUCCCUGCGACACUAUGUCCCGCUGAACUCUGGACCAGCAUGCAACACGGUCUGGGCUGUGCCCUGGCCUGUCAGUGAAGGCCUCUUGCUUGUCACCAUCCCGGUGGGCUAUGAGUGAGCACCUGCCAGGGGUCCUGCGGACGCCAGUGUAUGCUGCUCACUGCAUGUUUUAGAAACAAAAGCCACAGGCCUGACGAACCUGCAAGCAUCAAAUAAGCAUGAGAGAGAGAAAAACAAAAACAAAACCAUGAUAUCUCACUUUACUUAAAGGGAUGGGUGGAUGGGUGGGUGGGAGGGAGUCUCUGAAGAGUCUUGAGUCUCAGUUAUCUUUGGUUUAACCAGAAUUCUGAAUGCCGCUUUGCAAUUUCUCUUCCCUUUUACCCCCUCCCCCCAUCUUUGAAUCUUUGUAGCAAUCCUCUCUGGGAGUCAGGGAAGGUAGAAUCCUUUUCCUCACACUCCUCACCUCAUAGCUCUCCCAUGUGGGUCCUCCUUGGCUCCAGGGGCCUCUGCAGGAGCUGGAGGGCCAGGUUCCAUUCCAGAAAGGGCCCAAUCUGCAUAUGCAUGUAGGUGACAGGAGAGGCACACUCAGUGAGGGUGUGCCUGCCUGAGUGAGAAAGAAGUAUUUUUGAAGCUCUGCACUGCUUCUUGUAAGUGUCAACAAAAGUGUACCACGAGAUGUUGUUUCUGGGUCAUGGGUCCAUUCAUAUUUUAUAGACUUCUCUGGAGCCCGCUUCUGUGGCGGUGGCAGGAAGAGUCACGUGUAUUCAGGAUGAGCCUGUGAACAGGCUCUUCUGAAGGGUGUCCUGGAACCACGGCAGACGUGGCGAAGCUGCCCUCCUCCCCAGAGCACUGUGUGUUCUUUGCUGGUGUAACCGUGUGCGUCUUCAUUUGCGUGUACUUCGUACACUCUACAGUCGAGUGAAAUGUCCACAGAAGACCUGCUGAAGCACCUCUUCCUCAGACAGGGUGAGGCGUGGGCGCUUGCGGCGAGGAAAGGAAAGAUGAGACUAUUUUAGAAGGUGCACCAGUGGGUGGCAGCAUGUGACAGUGUUUACUGAAGCAAGGAAAGUUCUAAGUCAUGGGAGUCUGGAGUUAGAGGGCAAAGGUGCCAGGGUUACCUGGAAUGUGGGUAACAGAGGCGGCACCAAGAGCAAAGUUAAACACUCAAUAUGAAAUCAGUUCUUGAGGCCCAGCACAGCUGACGGGGAGUGAUCUGAGAAGGCAGUGUGCACACUCACUUAGAAAGGGAGGGAGGUGCUGGGUCAUCAGCUAGGCUAGGUGGGCUGGUAAUGGAGAAAGCAGGGAGGUCUGUGUGUUCUUGGAGCCAAAUCACAGGGACAUUCAAGAGUGUUUAGCUGUUAUGGAGCUGGAAAAGCAGAUGUCAGUAAAUCUUUAUGAAUUCUGAACAGGUUUUGUAAUAAGCCUAAACAAAUCCAUACCCUCUGUAUAAAGGAAGUGAGGUGUUUCGAAGUGGGAAGGGUUGAGUUCCUUCCUCACAUAGCUUCAACCAUUUUUAUGCAUUUACUUUCCAUCAAGUAGGAAGAGCGGCUGGCUCUGAGCCGUUUCGUACCAUUAUAUGGUGUCCCUGGCACAGAUGGUCAUGCCUGAUGUCCCAGUCACUCUUCAUGGUCAGUUGGUGUAAGUGCUGCCCAUCGCCCGUGCUGCCCAUCGCCCGGGUGGGGGGGUUGUUUGGAGGUGCCAAUUCCACCCAUGGCGCUGUCAUUAGACUGCACAAUGUCACACAAGCCAAAUAACCUCGCUGUGCCUUAGUGUCUCGUGGAGGAGACAUUACCUGACCCAGGGGCUACCUCAGGGAGGUUUUGUGAGAACAAAAGAGAGUAAGUGGAAGACUCAGGGGCCUUUGGUACCAAGGUUCUCAAUGCCGACUGCAUGCUACACUCUCCAUGAAGUUAAAGAAGUGGAUAACCCUUCCCACCUGUGGCCAAUUAAAUCAGAACCUCAGGUAACAAUCUGUCUUGAGGUGCCUUGAACCAUUGCUUUGGGAAGGAGGGCAACACAUUAUUAUCUUGGAAGAAUCUCUUAAGGAUUAGGCUCAAAAAAAUACUCUUUGAAGCAAGCAAUUCUGUAAGAACAAUCCGAUGCUGAUAUGUGUAUUCAUAGUCUAAGUAUUAUCCAAGCAGUUUCUCCGUUUGCUUCUCGUCCAGGCAUCUGAAAAAUCAAAACAUGCGUUCAUUGACCUAAGCAGUAAUCAAGUCCUUGGUAGCAAAUGUACACAGACACUAAUCUAUAAAUCUAAUAAUAUAUAUUAGAGUUAUCCAUUAAUUAUGGGAGAAACGCCCCUCCCCUCACACUUGACUUCAAUGGCAAUUAUAAAGUCCAUUUUGCCAAGAAUAUAUAAGUGCCUCUGUGUUGUGAGACAGCAUGGAGCUGGCCUGCACAGCAGCUGACAGUGUGUGUCAGUAGCUCUGUGGGAUGACACAUGCACAGGACACUGGGGAGUGCUGGGAAUGGUCUGUGAUCCGCAGGGCCAGUCAGUGAUAGUGAUGCUAUAAGGCAUUCUUAUGAACAGGCGUGGUUGUGUUCAUGGGUGAACUCAGUCCUAGUACCAGUGUGGCAGGGAGGGGACCCAUGAACAAAAUGACAAGGUGCCAAAGUGGGUUGCAUGUGGGUUGUGGGUGCUGUCGUGAGGAUUCAGUGGCUGAUGUAUGUGCCUCCAAUCCUGGACACAGAGCCUGCACCUAAGAGGGCAUUUCUGAAAUAAGGCAACUAUAUGAAUGUUUUAAAUGCCUGGAGCAUUAAAGAUAUUUCAAGUG